GAGAGGGAUUAUUGGUUGUGGUUUUGACUAAUUAGACUUGACUCUUUUGGCUUUAUGUUGCUAUAAAAGCAUGUGUAAAAUCUGACUGAAUUUAAAUGUAAAUUUAAAUGUUUAAUGGUAUAUAAUAAUGCUACUUUUGAUGACUAGUAUCGUAAAGUGUGAGGAAAAAUAAAACUGAUUUCAGUGUACAUUGGCUUCAUGAUAACAUGGUGUUUUAUAGACAUGUCCCGAUGCAUUAUUGUGACAUGAAGAAGAGAAGAAGAAGAAGGAAAAAAAAACAAGUCUCUUGCCAGAUUACAUAGUGUUAUUAUCCAUGUAUGAUAAAAUAAUAAAUGUUGCUUGAUUGGGAUUAAUUUAUUUUUUUUAAGUGUUCAAAGAUCCAUAUGAGUUUGUUGCUAACUUUUAAGCCUUCAAAAAAAAAAAAGAACAGAUCUAUCAUUAUUGAUGCGACCACUUUCUCUGAUGGGUUUAGCAUCGCAUUAACCUUAUGUCUAUAAAAACUGACAUGAACACAUUUGAGUAAAGGCCACCUUACCACUUCCUGUGAGUCAAAAAAACAAUGUUUCUUAGAAACGUAACCAGAGUUUCUAAUAGCUAAUUGAUAACACUGCUAGUUCAAACUCAAGUGACAAUGUACUGAAUCUAAAAAUGUACCAUGUCAAGUUUACACUUUUAAAAUUGCCCUUUUCCCAGUGCCAGUCUCACAUACAUUCCCAUUUGUGUUUGUGAAUCCUAUUGUACUACGCGUCACCAUGCGUCGCCCUCUGAAUAAAGGCUGUCUGGCUCCCAGCUUAAAUAUUGCAGCAAACUAAAAACCAACCAUCAGACUGGAUUCAUUCACUUCUGCUCACUCGGGCGACAAGGAUUGGAGGCCAUAGGUGGGAACCAGAGAGCAAAAAGUUCACUUCACACCACAGUGUGCCAAGAGAAGGGGAACACAAAUACUCUGGAGCUCUUACUGUGGCAAGUUGCCCGUUUUAUACUCUUAACCUGUUUUGCUGUUUGUUCUAUAUAGAGCACCUUUGGCUAUGCAUUUGAUUCGGUUGUAGAGAAUUUGGGGUGGGUUUUUUUAACAAUCGGAUGAGAAAUGUAAGAGUUUGUGACUUGUUUUUUAGACGGGGUAAAAAAAUAUAAAAUGUCAUGUCUUGAUUUGAUUAUCUUUCGAACUCUAGAUUGUCUUUCGAACGCAAAUGUGAUUUUUAAAUAAUUCUAUCAACACAUUUCCAACAGUAUAUUGCUUGGGACAAUCUACAUCAAGUAUACUCCUAAAUUUUCAAUACAAAAAAAAACAUUUCGCCUCUCUGCCCGCUUUCAAACAUCUUGUUUGUUUGCUCCGCAGUGCUGACAGUCAACCAUGGGUGACUGGAGCUUUUUGGGCAACAUCCUCGAGGAAGUAAAUGAGCAUUCGACGGUAAUCGGUAGGGUGUGGCUCACGGUCCUCUUCAUCUUCCGAAUCCUCAUCCUGGGCACGGCCGCGGAGUUCGUGUGGGGCGACGAGCAAUCGGAUUACGUGUGCAACACGCAGCAGCCGGGUUGCGAGAACGUUUGCUACGACGAGGCCUUCCCCAUCUCGCACAUUCGCCUGUGGGUGCUCCAGAUCAUCUUCGUUUCCACGCCUUCUUUGGUGUAUGUGGGCCAUGCUGUCCACCAUGUACACAUGGAGGAGAAGCGUAAGGAACGGGAGGAGGCUGAGCUCAACAGGCAGCAAGAGAUGAACGAGGAGAGGCUGCCGAUCGCGCCCGAUCAGGGAAGCGUCCGUACGGCCAAGGAGACGAGCACAAAGGGCAGCAAGAAGUUCCGUCUAGAGGGCACUCUCUUGAGGACCUAUAUCUGCCACAUUAUCUUCAAGACUCUCUUUGAGGUAGGCUUUGUGGUGGGCCAGUACUACUUGUACGGCUUCCGAAUCCUGCCGCUCUACAAGUGCAGCCGCUGGCCGUGUCCAAACACGGUCGACUGCUUUGUCUCAAGACCUACCGAGAAAACCGUGUUCAUCAUCUUCAUGUUAGCCGUGGCCUGCGUCUCGCUUUUCCUCAACUUUGUGGAAAUCAGCCAUUUGGGCCUGAAAAAGAUCCACUUUGUGUUCCGUAAACCGGUGCGGCCGCAAGUUGAGGGACCAGGGGCGGCCGAAAAGGCCUUGCCUUCCAUAGCAUCCUCCUCGAUCCAGAAAGCCAAAGGCUACAAGUUGCUGGAGGAGGACAAAGCUACUUCGCACUUCUUCCCCCUGACUGAGGUAGGGGGAAUGGAGACUGGCCGGCUUCCGGCUCCGUACGAGGCAUUUGAGGAGAAAACGGACGAGGCGACCGCACCUAAGAAAGACGUGUCUAAGGUGUAUGACGAAACGCUGCCCUCCUACGCCCAGACGACCGUGAUAGGACCAAGCGCGGCUGCUGGAGUUGUACGCAGGGAUGAAGACGAGGACGAGUUGGCCAUCGAAGCAGAUGUGGAAGCCAGCGAGACGAUAGAAGACACGCGACCGCUCAGCAGCCUGAGCAAGGCCAGCAGUCGGGCAAGGUCAGAUGACUUGACGGUAUAAAUAAUAUAGAACUGGAUUAGAAGUGCAGCAGUACCAAUUAUAGUUUUGGAAAAAGCAUAGAAAGUAAAAACGAGAGCCUUUCGGCAACUGCGACGACACUUAUAAUACCAGCUCUUUAUUUUGAGAAAGAACACGAUUUAAAAAAAUAAUGCUGUGCAAUUUUCAUGCGGAAA